UUUACCACAUGAUAUUAAAACAAAAAAAGCAAUAAUCAACGUCCAAAACCAUGACCACGAGUGUUUGAAAUGGGCGAUUCUUUCAGCGCUGUAUCCGGUUAGGAACAGUUCACAGAGAGUGUCGUCCUAUAUUACUCAUCGUAACAAAUUAAAAUUUUCAAACAUACCAUUCCCAGUUAAACUUACAGAUGUUCAUAAAGUUGAAAAAUUAAAUGAUAUAAGCAUUAAUGUUUUCGGAUUACAAUAUAAUGAAAAUUCCAAAUCACAUGAAGUAAACGGUCCACUUUACUUUACCAAAUGUCGUAAGUCAACACAUAUUAAUUUACUUUACAUAUCUAAUGGUAGCCAGGGACAUUACUGUUAUAUAAAAAAUCUAUCUCGAUUAGUAAGCCGACAGAUUUCAACAACCAAUUAUAGCUUUCACAUUUGUGAUGGGUGUUUAUUAGCAUUUUACUCAAAUGAACAACUAACUAAUCAUCAAAAAAAUGAUUGUUGUCACCUUGUUGUUAAACUCCCAAAUCAUGAUAAGAAUUAUAAAGAUUGGUUUGGUAAAGAAAUUUCAAACCAUAACAUUUUUUUUGAUAAAUAUCACCGUAAGCUUAAAUUACCGUUUGUUGUUUACGCAGAUUUUGAGGCAUUUUUAAAUCCCAUAUCGUCUUGUGAUCCUAACAUUCCUAACAAAUCAAAACCAAACAAAAAGAAAGAAUCAAAACCAAACAAAAAGAAAGAAUCAAAAUCGUACACAAAAAACGUUCAACAACAUGAAGUGUACAGUUUUGGUUAUUUUAUAAAGUGUUCAUUUGAUGAUAGUCUUUCACGCUAUCGAUCAUAUACAGGCCCAGAUUGUGCUAAAGUAUUUAUGGAGACUCUUUAUAAUGAUUUAACAAAAUUAAUAAAAUAUAUUUGCUUUCGAAAACAACCCAUUCGAUUAAAUCAGAGCGAUUUAAACAAAAUUGGAGAAGCUAAUAAUAAGUGUUUUGUAUGUAAUAAGACGUUAGAAUCUGAAAGCGUUUUCAGUUAUGAUUGGACCACAGGAAAAUUCCAUGGAGUGACACAUAAGGCUUGUAAUAAUAAAUUCAAACCUCCCUCAUUCGUGCCAGUAUUUUUCCAUAAUCUAAGUAAUUACGACGCACAUUUUAUUGUAAAAGCAUUGAAUUUCCGUAAAGGGCCCAUCGAGAUUAUACCUCAAAAUAAAGAAAAAUAUAUUUCAUUUAGCAAAGAACUUAAAUUUGAUGGAAAAUGUUUAUCACUUAGAUUUGUUGAUUCCUUUAGGUUCAUGUCGAGUAGUUUAGAUAAAUUAGCCCGAAACCUUCGGGAACACCAAUUCCAUGAAUUAAGGAAACAAUACCCUAGAUGCGAAGAUUUUAAACUUCUGAAGCAAAAGGGUAUAUUUCCAUACGAGUUUAUGAAAUCUAGUAAAUCUCUUGAAGCGUCAUCGUUGCCUAAAAUAAGUGAUUUUUACAGUGCCUUAACAGAUAGCUGUAUAACAGAUGAGGAUUAUCAACAUGCACAAAACGUAUGGACCCAUUUCAACUGUAAAACAAUGUUGGAUUAUUCUAACUUGUAUUUAAAAACAGAUGUCCUCCUAUUAACCGAUGUCUUUGAAAAUUUUCGUUCAGUGUGUCUUGAUACAUACAGCUUGGACCCAGCUCAUUAUUUUACAGCUCCUGGUCUCAGCUGGGAUGCUAUGCUAAAAAUGACUGGGAUACAACUUGAACUUUUAACAGAUUUCGAUAAAAUUUCGUUUGUUAAAAAAGGGCUUCGAGGUGGUAUAUCACAAUGCAGUAAUCGUUAUGCUAAGUCAAAUAAUUAUUAUAUGUCAGACUUUGACUCAAAUGAACCGUCAUCUUAUCUUAUCUACCUCGAUGCUAAUAACUUGUAUGGUUGGGCGAUGUCGCAACGUCUUCCUGUUGGUGAAUUUGAAUGGGUUGACCCAGCUAUGGACUUUAAACUCUCAAACGAUGCUGAUUAUGGGUACAUUUUAGAAGUCGAUUUGGAAUAUCCAGAUUCAUUACAUGAUUCUCACUCAGAUUUACCAUUUUGUGCUGAGCACAUAAUAGAUAAAAGUAAACAAAAAAAAUUGAUUCCAAAUUUGAAAAACAAAAUAAAAUACAUUAUACACUAUAGGAAUCUUAUACAAUGUUUAGACAAUGGAUUAAAUUUAACAAAAGUCCAUAGAAUCUUAAAAUUUAAACAAACCAAUUGGCUCAAAAAGUAUAUUGAUUUGAACACUACGUUAAGGACAUCUGCAGAAACCGAAUUCGAAAAGGACUUCUACAAGUUAAUGAACAAUGCAGUUUUUGGAAAAACGAUGGAAAAUAUUGAGAAAAGAGUGGAUGUGUAUUUGCUUUCACAGUGGGAAAGUAAAGAUCAUAUCAAAGGAAUCGAAAGCUAUAUCGCUCGUCCUGAAUUCCAUAGUAUUUCUAUUUUUUCUGAAAGCUUAGCUGCAGUACAGUUAAAGAAAACUAGUCUACUAUACAACAAGCCUAUAUACUUAGGAUUUUGUAUAUUAGACUUGUCAAAAACUUUAAUGUAUGACUUCCAUUAUGGAUAUAUGCAACAAAAAUUCGGGAAUAAUGUUAAAUUGUUAUAUACAGAUACAGACAGUUUUAUUUAUCAAAUUUUUACAGAAGAUUUCUAUUCUGAUAUAAGAAAUGACUUGAAAAAAUAUUUUGAUACAUCUGACUAUGACCCCAAUAAUAUUUACGGUUUUCCAUGUAUAAAUAAAAAAAAAUUAGGAUAUUUCAAAGACGAAAAUAAAGGUAAAAUUUUGAAAGAAUUUGUGGGUUUAAGAUCUAAAAUGUACGCAUUGAAUGUUGAGGAAAAAAUAGUGGCCAAGGCUAAAGGUGUAAAUAAAUGUGUGACUAAGAAAUUUAAGUUGCAAGACUACAAAGAUUGUCUAAAUGAAAAGAAAGAUUUAUUAUCAGAAAUGCACAGAUUUCGAUCGAUAAAACAUGUAAUAUUUACACAGAAAAUCAAUAAAAUUUCGUUAUCUUAUUCAGACACGAAAAGAUAUCUUUGUCAAGAAUCAUUUGACACCUUAGCUUGGGGCCACUAUAAGUUGAAGUAGCGA